CAGGACGCUGCCGGAGAGCAGCCGUCGGCGCACACAGCUCAGCGAAGUGUGUCUGCAGCAGCCAGCACAACACUGGAUAACCAGCGCACAGAGGCCUGUCCAGAAGAGGGCAGCGUAAGACCGAGCACAACUCCCAUCCCAUCAGGUCCUCGAAAGGUCUGCGCUGUCAGGAUCACGCCUCUGACAACCAUGAAAGGCUCUCCUGACCUGAUUCCUGCCGCAGCCCUGGACCCCAGCAGAGUGUGCAAAGGGAAAGGAGUUGUGACUCUGAGAGCCACGCUCGUCCACAUAGAUGACGAGGGCUGCAUCAGCGAGGAGCCGAAUGUCAUCACAGCACCAAGUGGCUGGACAAACCAGAUUAAUGGAGACAGCUCUAAAGCAGGAUUGGCUGAGGGAGGCAGCAACAUCACAGCUGAUUUACCUCCUGUAAACAACACUCAGUGCCAGGUAUAUUCACCAGGAAGCUUCAACAAAAAUCAGGCUCCAUCCUCCACUGACAUUCAGAACUGUGUCACAUCAGCGUCCAGCUCUGUGUAUCCCUGCACUAGCACAGUUAACCCCACCAUAGUGCUGCUGCAACACAACAGAGAGCAACAAAAGCAUCUUUCUCAUUUUGAAGACCCAACCCCAGAAAGGGACAAAAGCCCUGAUCCUGGGAGAGACUCAGUCAGCCCAGUCCCUGAUAUGGACUGGAAGAGGCUGCGGCUGUCACUGCACUCCCCUGUCCUCAGUCCUGUCAGCAAGCCCACUGUGCCUGUACGGAACACUGAAAAGUCCAAAGACUGGUACAAGACGAUGUUCAAACAGAUACACAGAAUACCUGAGCCUAUUGAGGAAAACCCUUACCGUCCCACCUACAUUUUCCCUGAGAACUAUGACAUUCAGAUGAAAUCAAAAGAUGAUGGUCCCAGCCCCUUUGGUUACUUGAAGGAUGUAAAAACAGUCCCACGCUCAAAAAGUGACGACGAGGUCGAUUCAAGAGGCCGGUCAAUGCCUGUGCCAACAAGGUCCUCCUCCCUCAAACCCGCUGCCAAAAGGAACGAGUGGGAGCCCCCGGAUAAAAAGGUAGACACCAGGAAGUACCGCGCCGAGCCCAAGAGCAUCUUUGAGUACGAGCCGGGGAAAUCGUCGGUGCUGAAGCUGGAGAGAACGACUCAGGAUGUAAGUCCAGAAGAUGUAGAUUUAGAGAAUGAGCCUUGGUAUAAAUUCUUUUCAGAGAUGGAAUUUGACAAAGCGAGUGCCCCCUCUUUCAGCCCCCUGGAAACAGCCUCCGACCUGCAGCAGUAUUCCUCGAGCAAGUCUGGACACAGCGAGGUGGAGAAGGACGGUGGAUCAUCCACGAGCGAGCCUGUGGCUCCAGAAUGCGACCGCCAUGUUUACAAGAGUGUCCUGGAGGGAGGCGACAUUCCCUUACAAGGUCUUCGGGCCCUAAACAAGCGCCAUGGCAGCUCCUCCUCCUCUAAAGUGGAUUAUAAAGGUGGGAAUGGCUAUAUAAUUUCACCCUGCUCCUCUGUAAAUAGUCGAUCAGUUCUUGCCAGUAAUGCAAUAGGUAACCAGUGUAAGAGUAUGAAGCCUCUUUCUGCUGCCAAAGCCUGCAUACCCCAAAUCCUGCCCUCUAAAUUCAAGCCCAAGCUGCUGCCGCCCAGUGGUGACAGCCAGGAGAGCAGGACUAAAGCUGUCAGGCACCCAAAGGCCCACAGCUGUGAGGAUCUGUACACGAGGCCAUGUGACGCAGACUUUGCUGGAGCAGAGGAAAAGGAGGGUGGGCAACAUUCGGACUCCAAGUCCAGCUGUGGCACCGAGUGCACGGACGGCCUCAGGAAUGUUUCCCCUGCAAUUAGGAGGAGCGCAUCUGAGUUUUCCAGCCUGUACAGGACCAUGCAUCACAUCCAGAGGCCCAGCUCGGCAGGCUGCAGUCCCCACGGCAGCGUCCGCAGCCUGGCGUCUCUUUUUGAGAAGGCAAAGGCCGAUGGGGUUGAAAGGUCAGAGGCAGAGGACGGGGGCAACAUUCCACGGGAUGCAGUGUCGUCACGGGUCAGCGAGUUUGAAAUGAUCAUCCAGCGGUCCAGCUCGGCGCCCAGCCGCUCCUCCUCCCUGCCCACCCUGCACUCCAGCCACAGCCACAGCCCCAACCACAGCUCCGCCCACCUCUACAUGGCGUCUGCAGUGUCAGCGGAGUCCCUUUUGGUAGCCGACACCACCCAGACGGAUGCCUGCUCCCCAGUGGAGGCAGAGGGCAAGAGCUGCGUGGAGGAGGCCUUGUCACCAGGCAGUGGGACUGUGGAGGAGUCUGCUUCCUCCUCAGAGGACGGAAACAACGUCAGGACUGAGUCCCCCUCUAACACUGAGGCAGAGAUCGAGCAGAUCUUCAGUAGACGUUCCCCAGAGCUCAUCCGCCAAAAUGUCAGUGGAUCAAAGAGUCCCUCCGCACUGCUCACAGCAUCCCCUCCACAACACAACCAUACCUACCACCACCACCACCUCCUGCACCACCUGAACCAUCAGCUCCUCCUCAAACCCAGCAAAUGCAAAGGCUCCUGCCCAGCCUCCUACACCCGUUUCACCACCAUCCUCAGGCACGAGAGGCAGCAGGCCACCUCCCAACAGGAGAGGCCGCCACAUCUGGAGAAGAAGACCACGCUGCCAGGAAACCUCUUCCUCAUGGGCCCUGCUCCCUUCAGGUUACGGAAGAACCUGCAGUCCCACCAAACUCGGAGGACCCUGUUGGCCACCAAGGCGACAACAGGCACCCAGAGGCCCUGCACUUUGUCUCCUGAGCUCAGACCUCUGAUUCCUCAGCGUCUGUCCUCCCUGGAGAUCCUGGAGAGGCUGAGUAACGGGGAGGGGAGCAACACUGACCACCUGAGUAACGGGCAGGGCUUGGACGCCAACGGGAACCUACUGCAGCCGCUGGCAGCUCACUGCAGAGACUCAUCCCCAGCACAUGGGGAGAGCCAGGAUGAAGUGUUGCGGAGGCGUCAUGGGGACAAAGAGAAAAUCUUGGAGGAGCAGCGGCGGCUGAAGCGGGAACAGGAAGAGGCUGACACAGCGUCGAGACGACACACAGGCAUUGUCCCGACGCACCACCAGUUCAUCACCAACGAGCGCUUCGGAGACCUGCUCAACAUCACAGAUAACGCAGAGAAGAGGAAAUCAGGCGUAGAGAGAACUCCAGCAAUGGCUCGCUUCGACUUCAGAGCAGAAACUCUGAAGGAAUUACCGUUUCAGAAGGGAGACAUUGUCUACAUCAUUCGACAGGUGGAUCAAAACUGGUAUGAGGGGGAACACCACGGAAGAGUUGGCAUUUUCCCUCAAAGUUACGUUGAGCUCCUUCCCCCGACAGAGAAAGCCCAGCCAAAGAAGAGUGUCCCCGUGCAGGUACUGGAGUAUGGAGAAGCGGUCGCCCGCUUCAACUUCACCGGGGACACAGUGGUGGAGAUGUCCUUCAGAAAGGGAGAGAGGAUCACACUGAUUCGUAGAGUUGAUGAAAACUGGUACGAAGGCAAAAUCUCAGGCACCAACCGCCAAGGCAUCUUCCCCGUCACCUAUGUAGAAGUGCACAGACGACCACGCGUCAAAAACGGGGUGGAGUAUCCCGACCCUCCUGUCAGCCAGUCCCCGCAGCGCAGCACCAACGCUUCUCCUCAGCUGUAUCGUAAUCGCCUGACAACCUCCCCCUUGCCCCUCCCUCGCUCUCCCCGCCGCUCCGUGUCCCCCGAGGUCCACGCUGUCUCCUCUGAGUGGAUCUCCCUGACUGUGGGAGGCGGGAGCCCACCUGCCGCCCCCACCCCUCCCCUGCCGCCGCUGCCCACCGUCUCUUACCGCUGCGGCGAGUACCUGCCCCCGCCCUUCUCUGCCAGCCCUGUGCCUCCCAUCACCGGCAGCCCAUACUGUGUCUCCCCCAUGGCUUCCCCAGCUGCCUCCCCUCUUCCCCCACCUUACCCGCCCAGGCCCAACUCGACCACUCCCUUCCUCACCUUCACCCCGCCUCAGGGGGAGGACUUCCUGCUCUCCCCUCCCUCCCCACGUCUGUCACGCAGCGUGAGCCCCUGUGGCGGGCCAGUGCUGGAGGGCUGGCUGAGGGGGGAGAAGGAGUUGACAGAGGGGGAAGGCGCAGAGGGGGACAGGGGCCCCGCAGCCCCGGGUAGCAGGCGAAAUAGCCCUGCAGAGUUUGUGAGAAAUGAGGCGGACCAUCAUGGACGGAGCUCCAGGAGCCCUGUGAUGCUGUUUGACAUCCAAGAUAACAACAACGUUAACUCGUUUGCGGAGGCAGUGUGUAAUGAGAUUUUGAAUAUAGCUGAGACCUCGGUGAGGUACUGCAGCACCCUGUCCCACCACCCUCAUGACUCUGUCCAUAGACUGCACCCCCACCCCAGUAAACAAUCUCUCAUCAUUUCCCAGCAACCCCAGUCCCACAGCAGCAGCCCGGAACCCCGUCUCAACUGUGGAAUUUUCCAGGCUCUGUACAGCUACGUGCCGCAGAACGAGGACGAGCUGGAGCUGAAGGAGGGAGAUCUCGUCAGCGUCAUGGAGAAGUGCGAUGACGGCUGGUUUGUCGGUACCUCAAAGAGGACAAAACAGUUUGGGACUUUCCCUGGGAAUUACGUGAAGGAGGUGAAGCUGUAAAGAUAUCUAAUCUGGCUGUAACACACGGUUGCCUGUCAAGCUUGGGAAGUCAUUACUAUCGCGCAUGGCUGUUGGUUAGCAUAGUCAUUUAGCCAGGCAAAUCCACUUUGUCUGGGAAAGUGAUCGGUCGGCCUGAGGUAUGUCAAACUGCACGAGGCGGAGACGGAGACAGCUCACUGCCCAAACCUCAGUAUGGUCUACACCUUGACCACAUUUUACACACUUGGUGACAGAAUUCGUCCAAUAUCCACAUGUGGAAUAUCUCUGUGAAAACCUACCGCAAAGUAGCUUUUAUUGUACAGAUAAUAGCUUCCAUCUUGUCCAUGUAGUCUACAGUACACAAGUGUUGACGUAACACCUCAGUCUGGAGGCCGGCAGCAGAGCAGUGUGUGGAUCAAAGAGUGGAUCUUAUUACCUGAACUGGACUUUUGGAGGAUUCAGAAUGUAUUUUUAUGUGAUGUGGGGUGGGAGCUGUUUGUCAUGAGCUACCUUUCAGGACCAGAGGUGUUUACCACGAUUAGCUAAGUAUGAUGCAAACCAUGCAUCUCGUGAUUCAAAGACUUUUUCUGUCUUUUACAUGUUGACUCAAACCAGUGUUUGGAUGAUCACACCAUACAUGUAUGAAAUUUAAUGUGGUAAAUCAUUUUCCUCAGUUUAGAUCUGAAAAAAUGACGUCUGGAGUUUAGAUACUUAAAGCCUUAUGUAUGAAGCCCCUUUAGAAACUGGUCUAACAUACCUGUUUUAGUCAGUAUAUGCUACUUUUGAAGAAUAUCACAGCAUUCACAACUCAGUGUAACAGAAAGGCUUUAGAUACCGUUUCAGUAUUGCCUUCAUUUUUUUAUCCAAAGGUUGUUGUAGAGCAGUUGUUACGCAGGUCAUGUGCAUGAUGAGAAACACUACAUGUUGAAGUGUGCUGUGAGCUACUCUUUUUCUCAGUUACAGAGCAAACACACAUAGAGGACACGUGGACUGUGUUGCAUGUCUGAUAAAACUGAGGAGAAACUGUGCAUAUGCACAUCCUAUAUUUUCAGAAACUAUUUAUUUGUCCUUUUAUUCCUCUUCUCUGAAAAUACAACCUCACUUCCAAAAAAAAAGUUGGGACUCUUUGUAAAACGUAAACAAAAUGAGCGAAUGAUCAGAGUCUGUUUUAUUUACGUUUGACACGGCGUCCCAGCUUUGUUGGAAUCGGGGUUGUAGAAGUAAACCGUGUUUUCCGGCGGCGGAUGCCUGUAAGGUAGCUGGUGGUAGACACCUGGCUCCUGGACGACCACAGGACAGACGUGAUAGCACUUAACUUCCUGUUUCCUGCCUAACAAGAUAGUAUAUUAAUCAGCGAUGACACGAAAAGCUAUUUAAUGUGUUAAACAAAACCAACAAGGUGUCUUGGAAAAUAAUCAUAGUGAUUUUUAAGAGCAUAUUGAGAUUUUAACCAUGCCCUUACUGACAAGAUUGUACGUUGUAGCCAUGUAAAUGUGUACAGAAAACUUUAAGAGGCCUUUCAAAUAUGGCUACAUAUUUUCAUAUGUAAUGACUACAACUUGGGUAACAGAGUUAGUGGAGGGAUUUAAAUAAGGUCAGCAUGCACUGUAAAAUCAAGAGAUUUGACAAAUCCAACUGGAGCAUGAAACACUGUCGCUUUAUUUGCCACCUUUAGCUUAAAGAGAUCAGUAGUGAUGGUGACAGGGUUAACAGUCUUCCCUUUGAGCUUCAGUAGCUCCCUGAUGGAGGAUGAAGCCUUUGAGUCCUGCUAUCAAAGCAUCAGAGCAGUCUUCCUGCGAGCACAGAGCUCCCACAUCUCCAGCGCCGUCGGAUCCCGUAACAGACGCCACGCGUCUGAAUGGAUCCUCCGCAAGAACAGAUUGAAAGAUGAUAGCUGUUGUUUUACUUUGCUCGUGUUUUCAUCAAAUUCCGCCUUGUCAUCAACCGCUGCACUGUGCCCAUCAAUCCUCAGCAGAGCUGUCGAAUAGUACUUUCAAAUAGGACUUAGUGCUUGUUGUGACCUGCUCGGACUCGCAGAUGGAUGCUGUUUGUCGGGCGAACGCUGAAGAUUUUCAAGUCAGUUUAGUUUAUAUACCUGGAGGACUGACGUAGCGAGCUAGCUGAUGCUCCAAGUAGCUGAAAUCAGAUCCUUCUCCCAGUCCACACAUUUCUAAUCAGCUGGUGCCAGACUAUCAAUGGGCCUGCCUUUUAGUACAACUCUGUAUGAUCGCCUACAAAAUCAGAAGUGAGGGAUAAAACAGUCGUUCUCACUAGAUCUGAAAGUGUAUGUUUACUAUAUCUUUGUUUUUUUUUGCGUCCGAGUGUGUUAGCUGUUGUGCAGUGAUGAUGAUCAUUGACCUGUUUUGAACAUGGUUUGAAGCUGUGUGUGGCUACCACAUCAGUGAUCAAUGAAGUUUGACAACUGAUGAAGUGCAUUCAUUUAGGAGAACUCAGUAGCAAUCUGUGUUUCAUCCUCUCUGAUGUUUCCUGUGCAGAUCACCUCUGACAACGUUGCCAACAUCAGCAAGGGAAUGUUUUCUCAGUACAAAACGCUCAAUAUAAUACACUGCAUUAUGGGUUGGCCUGUAUAGCACUGAUAUAUUAUUCAGGUAUUUUGUCACACCACAGAAGCAUGUUUUUCCCUCCACUGCUGGCUAAACAUUUUCGUUCCUGUGUAGCUCCAGCUCCACGUGAAUGUGCUGAUUGGUCGGGGGUCUGUUGGCCUGUGGGCAUUUCUUCCCCGACAGAACAAAAGGAGAGCGGUUCGCUCCGUCUCGAACACGCUAAAUGACAGGCUUUGACAAAUAAACAAUCAAUCGUUUAGUCAUAACACAACUCACUUUACAUUGUGAUACUGUGCUCCAUAAAACAUCACAGGAUGUAUGAAUGUAUGAAUAUAUGAAUGUGGCCAAUGCACACGUAAUAUGUAAAAAAAACUGUCUGAAUUUUCAUCUUGAAGGAACAUGCAGACUAUCGAGCAGCAUGGCACAAGAAGGAUUGUAAAUAUGUAAAAUAAAAGAUAGACUGUGAGCGGUGGGAGCGUCAGAUUGAGCUCUCUGUCACUUGCAGUGGUUUAUUUACCUGAAGGAUUUUUGGCAAAGCACAGUGUGGAGCGUUACUGAGCACAGGAAGUUUGACGCAUAUGAACAUUACGCUGCCAUUUUUGAAGAUCAUAAUGCCUUAUGUUAGAUGCAAAACCGUGCCUCAUUUUCAUUUCAUGUUGUUUUUUUUGUUUUUUUUUGGAGUAUCACUGAAGUGUAUCCAUGACAUAUUUAAUGUAACCAUGGUUUUCCCAUUAGUCCUAGUCUCUGUGAUGGGAGAACAUUUACUAAGAACUUGUCCGUUACUGUGCAAGUACCUAAAAGUGUGACACAAUGCUUUAACUUAAUGAUUAAUAAUCAUAAGAAUGGACUAGUUUGAUGAGACGCACAACCUGCAACAGGUUUGGUUUGUUUGCUUCAAUUUGCAGUGCUGUUACAUUGACGAUAUUAAAAUAAAGAUACUAUACACUGCUGUGACUUCGGUAUUAUGCAAUAUUUAAUAAAUCAUUU